AGCCGCUGCCAAGGCGCUCCCAGGAGCAGAGCGAGGAGAGGGUGUCCCGCGUCCCGGAUCUUAUGAUUCUUCGCAGCAGCUGUUACCUGCCAAAUAAAAAUUUGGAGGCCAACCGAUCCAUGAGCGGGCAUCGAAACGUGAAGAGACGAUGUGGGGAGUCGCACCUGGAGUCCCCUGCGGGCUGUGGUCACGUCCCUGCUGCUGGAUGUGUGUUAAGCAAACUCGUUCAGUUGCCCACGCCUCCCUUGUCAAAGCACCAGCUAAAACGGUUGGAAGAACACAAAUAUCAGAGUGCUGGACGAUCCCUGCUUGAACCGCUAAUGCAAGGUUACUGGGAAUGGUUAGUUGGAAGAGUUCCAGCCUGGAUUGCCCCAAAUCUGAUCACUGUCAUCGGACUGUUAAUAAAUAUAUUUACAACUCUGAUAUUAGUGUAUUACUGCCCGACAGCUACAGAACAGGCACCUCCCUGGGCAUAUAUUGCUUGUGCAUGUGGCCUUUUCAUUUACCAGUCCCUGGAUGCUAUAGAUGGGAAGCAAGCAAGAAGGACAAAUAGCAGUACUCCCUUAGGAGAACUUUUUGAUCAUGGCUGUGAUUCCCUUUCUACAGUCUUUGUGGUUUUGGGAACUUGUAUUGCUGUGCAGCUUGGAACCAACCCUGACUGGAUGUUCUUUUGUUGUUUUGCUGCAACAUUCAUGUUUUACUGCGCACAUUGGCAGACCUACGUCUCUGGAACGCUGCGCUUCGGGAUAAUUGAUGUGACUGAAGUGCAAAUCUUCAUAAUAAUCAUGCAUUUACUGGCAGUGAUCGGAGGACCACCUUUUUGGCAAUCUCUGAUUCCAGUGCUGAAUAUUCAGAUGAAAAUAUUUCCAGCUCUCUGUACUGUUGCUGGAACCAUUUUCUCCUGUACGAACUACUUUGGUGUAAUCUUCACAGGCGGAGUCGGCAAAAACGGAUCCACUAUAGCAGGAACGAGUGUCCUCUCGCCUUUUCUUCAUAUUGGGUCUGUGAUCACAUUAGCUGCAAUGAUCUACAAGAAAUCUGCAGUGCAGCUCUUUGAAAAGCAUCCCUGCUUGUAUAUACUUACUUUUGGUUUUGUAUCUGCUAAGAUAACAAAUAAGCUAGUGGUUGCACACAUGACCAAGAGUGAAAUGCACCUGCAUGACACAGCGUUCAUAGGCCCAGCGCUCCUGUUUCUGGACCAGUAUUUCAACAGCUUUAUCGAUGAGUAUAUUGUACUUUGGAUUGCCCUGAUCUUUUCUCUUUUUGAUUUGCUUCGAUACUGUGUCAGUGUGUGCAAUCAGAUCGCUGCCCAUCUGCACAUCCACGUAUUCCGAAUCAAGUCCUCCUCCGCACAUUCGAAUCACCAUUAGGAAAUGGGGGUCACCGUAAGGAGAAAUAAGAAAGAGCUGAUUUGCUACGUGCCGAAGAUAUACAGGAGACUAAGGCAAAACCAGAUAAGAACAAAUUAAUUUAUGAUAAUCAAUGUUGUAUAACUCUUACUCUUUGUUAUCGGUAACACUCCUUAACUAGUCUCCUGCCUGAGAGAGUGAAUUCUGAGUACACCCUAGUCAACUCUACAUGUAGUCAACUCUGUUGGUUCAAUGCCCAGGAAAGCAUGCAGGGAGUAAUGCUCUGUCUUUGUAACUACCUUGAUUACCAAAUAAUCUAUAUAUGGUGAAUGGAUCCCCAAACAACUCAAGUUUCUAAUGUAGUAUAAUUACAAGCUGCAAUACAACUUGCUUUUAAUUUUAAUAUUUCAUCAUCUCUUAGUGAAAUACUUGUUUAGUGUCCACUUGAAAUUUAUUUACUAAAGACCUGAGCUGGUAAAAACAGAGAUAUCGCACUAGCUUGUGUAGCUGACAAGAUUUGAGUCCAGAUGGAUGUGGUUCAUUUGCUUUCGCGUCGCUGAGAAAAGUGGUUUGCUGCUAAAGAACAAAACAUGGAGCAGGGGUUCUGCAGGUGGAAGGGAUGACCGGCAUGCAAAAUAG